CUCAUUUGGGUUUUUGUAGUUUCGACAAAUCCAAGGCACAAAAGAGUAGAAAAAGUUUGUUCCUAGAGAGAGAGAGGGGGAGAGAGAGAGAGUUGUGAAUGGAUGAGAGGAAAAUAGUUGUAGUAGUUGAAGAGGUGGAAGUGGCAAGAACGGCUCUGCAAUGGGCUCUUCACAACCUUCUUCGCUAUGGCGACACCAUAACUCUUCUCCAUGUAUUCUCUUCCUCAUCAUCAUCCAGAUCCAAAAGCAAGAAGAAGAAUCGCUUGCUCCGAUUAAAGGGCUUCCAAUUGGCUCUCUCUUUUCAAGACAUUUGUAACACUUUUUCAAACACGAAGGUUGAGAUUGUUGUUUCGGAGGGCGAUCAAGAGGGAAGGAAGAUUUCGGCCAUUGUUAGAGAGAUUGGGGCUUCUGUUCUUGUCGUUGGCCUUCAUGAUCAUAGUUUUCUUUACAAGCUGGCAAUGGUCCACAAUGAUGUAGCAAGCAGCCUCAGUUGCAGAGUUCUGGCAAUCAAGCAAUCACCAUCUUCCCCAUCAGGGACAAAGACAAAGACCAGUGCUGCUGGACUUGCACUAAAUAGUUCAACCAACAUGGACUUUUCACAGAUCGAGAUCGCUGGACUACAAUUGCCAGAAAUUCCCACACCAAAAAUUCCCUACAGAAUCUGCCCUAGUCCUUCUGCUAUCAUUUGGAGAUCAAGGAAGUCAAGAAGAAAGUGAAGUUAGGGUCCUUGAAAAAAAAAAAAAAAAAAAACGUUGAAUUUUCUAUCACGUUUAUGGUGAUUUACCCACAAAGGCACACGGUCAGCGCAAGUCACUUAUCCAACUACAACUUAUAGGAUAUAAGUUUCAGCCUUGAUUUUCACCAUUUGACCACACAAUGUCACAUCACAUGUAGCACUCAUUUAUACCAAAAUUACAGAGCAAUAGUGAAUAUUACAUUAUGUUUAAGGGUGAUCAUUCGUAUUAGUGGAUCGUGUUUAUGUCAACCUGUUUAUUAAU